GGAGGAGUUGAACUUUACGGUACAAGAUUCACUUCCUUCUUCAUGGCAAUAAGCAGAGCACUUAGAAAAAUCUAAAAUUAUUGAAUGAUUUAUUUCCUUAAAUGUAAAUAUGUUGUCGUAGCACUUAGCCUGUAACUAUAAACCAAUAACGCAGUUUAUGUUGAAAUCUAUAAGAAAGAAUGGUGUCUGAGUUAUCCAAUAGCUUAUUGAAAUAUUAACUUUGUUUGAGCCUUUAUCUAUUCCUAAAUCCAGCAAAAAAAUGCGAGGAGUGUCAAUUUAAAGUAAAUUACAAGUGGCACCUGGGACAUCGAACGGGGGCUCACUGAGAUUUGCAUAACCUCUAAGUAGUUUACGACGGCUGGCAGUCAUUCGUCAUAGGGACAGGCAGGCUACGUUUUAUGUGUAAUAUACUUUAGUCUACUACUGAGCCGCAUCUCGAGGGUGCUCGACUGUGUCGCUUUGAUUGGAAGGAUUCCCAAGACCGUGUGGUUGUCGUUUGUCAUAUGAUUUAUGGUCCAGUGGUGAAUGGUACUGUAAAACAAACCCGGUACUGGCACGUCCGCCGUGUUCCUCUCUGAUCGUUAGUUAGCCGGCUGCAGCUGAGUCAGACAGUCUCUUCACCCUGCGACAGCCACUCUGCCCUGCCCGGGGUGUCAGCGUUCCCGUUGCCGUCUUCAGCGCUACAGAGUGAACCGGUGGACUUGUGGAGAUUUUGUCAGUUUUGACAGAAAGACCGUCCUCUUCUCCAUCAGCUUCCGAUCCGACCUGCUUAAACAUUGGCGCAUGUCUCGUUGUUUUCCGAGUUUGCCAGAGGACUCAGGAAGAGCGUGAUAUCGAUCAUAGCGGAUAAUGAGAUUUUCUUUCAAACACAUAAUGAGUGCUUUUUUGUGGAAGCAGAAUCAAUUAAGGGCUCUCUUCAUCACAGCUCUCCUAUCUAUCUCAGUUGCCAUGGUGGGAGUAGGUGGGACUACUGCAGCCACCACUCCAUCCAGUGUCCACUCAGUGAUCCAGUGCCAUGACUGGGGCGAGUCAGACGAUGGAGCCGUGAGGGUGAUGGAGGGGGAGGCAUGCUGGCUUCUCUGCCCUCUCUUCUCCCACCCCACUGUCUACAACUAUAGCUCGGCCCAGGCAGCAGGCCUCAACCUGGUGUGGUACCACGUGAGUGCAGGUCAGGACCUGGAACAACCCAUCGACUUCCACCACCCCGACCAGAGGCUCAGCAAGGAGAGGGAGAGGCUGUGGCUGCAGCCCACCACCACGCAGGACGCGGGCCAGUACAUCUGCAUGCUGAGAAACAGGACAUCGUGUGCCAAGAUUGCCAUGCGUCUGGAGGUGUUGCCAAGUGGACAGGACCCCAACUGUGAGGUGAAGGCUGCUGUACCUCCCACCCCAGUCAUCGCGCCCAUACAAGAUGGCAGGACCCUAACCUGCCCUGACCUGGAGCACAUCAAGCUGCCUAACACUAGCCACUCUGUCACCUGGUACCAUGGGUGCAAUGCGUUCGGGAACUUCAACAUCGAUCGUGUGCUCAAAGGAGACAAGCUGGUCAUCCAUGUAAUGUUGGAGCACUACCAAGGACUGUACCACUGUGUGGUCACUUAUGAGACCAAAGGAAGAGCCAUCAAAUUCACCAGGGUGGUCAAUGUAACCGCAGUGUCUUCCAGUGGUUUACCCAAACAGCCAAAUAUACUCAACCCUGCCAAGGAGCAAUUCUAUCCUGUCAAACAAGGGUCAGAGGUGAAUCUCACAUGCAGGGUGUCAUUGCCCUACCUGGAAGGACCCAGGGAGACCUGGUGGACCAUCGAUGGGAAGACUGUAGAUCAGCUAGCUGAUCCCCGCAUCUCAUUCACUUCUAGGGUGGUGUUGGAUUAUUUUGGGGAUAGGACAGUUGAGAAUGUGCUCCGCAUCCAGGACUUCAGCUCAGAGGACCUGACCAGAGAAUACAACUGCUCCGGACGCAACGGCCGAGAUGUAGCCACCCGCAGGGCAGUGCUAGAAGAGGAGGUAUACCUGCCAUCCGUGGAGCUGGGCUGUGGCCUGGGCGUGACUCUGUUCUUGAUGCUGGUGCUGUUCGUGGUCUACCACAUCUUCUGGCUGGAGCUGCUGCUGCUCUAUCGCUCCUGGUUUGGAACCGACGAACGCUGUACAGACGACAAGGAGUAUGACAUCUACAUCUCGUACGCGAGAAAUAGCGAGGAGGAGCAAUUUGUCCUCUUGACACUCCGCAGGGUCCUGGAGAAUGAGCUGGGCUAUACCGUCUGCAUCUUCGACAGGGACAGCCUUCCUGGAGGGAAUAUGUCAGAGGCUGUCCUCAGGUGUAUGCGGUCAAGCCGUCAUCUCCUGGUGGUCCUGAGCCCCACCUACCUGACAGAGAAGAGUGUCAGCCUGCUGGAGUGUCGCCUGGGACUCUACAUCCAGCUCACCUGCCAUGCCCACAUCAUCACCAUCCUUUACAGCCCCCUCCCGAGACUACUGGCCUCUUGCACUGAGGCCAAGCAGCUACGCCGCAGUACUACCACCAUCAUCUGGAGGGGACCCCAGUCGGAGUCGUCCACCUCUCGCUUCUGGAAGCGCCUGCGCCUGGCCCUGCCUGUGAGACCGUUGGCCCUGGGGAGGAGGCUCAUCGACAGCACAUCGUCCCACUCCGACCUGGCCACUUCUUUGCGCCAGCAGUGCCAGCCGCAGGAUGCAGCCGAGCCACAGAGACAGAGGGAUGGCAAGAGUGCUGCAGGCAACGGUGUCAGAGGCAGGGGGCGCAAGUGGAGGAUACAGAGGAUACAGGAGGCGCGCAGCAGGGAGAUGUUGAAGGCGGGACACGGUAAGAACUGUGGAGUGUGUGUGGGAGAGCCCCACGGAAUCUUGGGUAGGGCGGCUGUGAAGACCCAACAUACACAUCAACCCACAGAAAACAGUAUCAGACCCGAGACCCAACCAAGACUUCAUCCAAGCAGCACAGACACCCAACUAGGACUUCAUUCAAGCAGCACAAAAGCCCAACCAGGACUUCAUCAAAUCAGUACAGAGACCGAAACCAGAACUUCAUCCAAGCAGCACAAAGACCCAAGCGGGACUUGACCCUAAGAGUACUGAAACUCCAGCAGAACAACCACAUCCUUCGCCUAGCCAACCACAGAACUUUGACAACUGUGCGUGCGACCUACAGUAGAUAACAAUAAAAGCAGCAAUAUCAGGCAUGGCUGUGCACUGUAGAACACUGUCUGAAGACAGGGGCAACUGAAAUAAACUUGGCUUACAAAUUGCGAAAUGCUAAGGACAUAUCGGAUUAGAAUAGCAGAGGAGACAACUUUGUUUCUUAAGUGGAGAAAUGUGGAAAGUACAUUUUAUGGGUAUGUAAUGACAAACAUUUGACAUUAAAUAUUGUCUGUUCUGUAUCUCAUUUGGUUCUUCACUGACCUAUUGAAGACGUCACCCGUUCACCAUCCACUGGCCUGGGUUGGUUUGUCGACCCGUCUGUUUAUCUGUGUGUGACUUUGUUGGGGGAAGGGGGUGGGUGAUUAGCAACCAGUCAGACAGGCUUCUGGGACAAUGAGGACCAUAAAAGAUUGGAGAUUGUUGGAACUGACUGACAGAUGCUAACUACCUGUCCAAGCAAACUGCACUGUGCUGAGUGUUUCUGGAUUAUCAUAAUAUACUCUAUCUAGUGUCCAUUUUCCUUCUUUGGUGGUCCUUUGAGCCCAUGACAAAUGGUACUCAAAUUUGGUUCAGAAAUCCAUCCAACUUUAUCAAUGCUUUUUUAAGAUUGUGUUCUGAUGUGCCACACAACAAUUUCCCAUCUCAGUG